GGUGUUCUUUACCAUAAUCAUAACCAUGGUGAACCUAACAGUUUGUUAAUUCGAGUUCUAUUCUAAUGAGUAACUGAGAAAGGUCAGAGGGGAACAAGAAGUCAGUUUCUUUGCGUGUAUCAUCUGGUUUGGAAGAAUAAUGCCAGUGUGUCGUUUCAUUUGAUACAAGUUUUGACAUUCGAAUCCUCUUUCGCUUUUGUUGACGCCAAUUUGUCAUCAGAUUUCCGAAUUGGUCGAAAAUAAGAUUUGUAUUCACAGUUCGGAUAUUGCUCGGUUGAAUCUUUUGUGGAGUAAACAAGGUAGUAUAGAAGAUUGUCUUAGUUUGUGAUGUACUGGCGUCCUGUGAUCAACAACCAAAAUGGCGGUCUGCAGCUCCGGGAUCACCAAGGCUCACCCUAUAGACAGCUUCACCGCGAUACCGAAAAACAUAGACUUCAAUAUCACACCACCUCAAGUAAUCGAAUCGCCCACAAUGGGCAGUGUAACUAGUCUGAUCGACAGAGGUGAUUCAAUACUAAGCUCACAUUCUACCGGAACCUCAGGACAACAGAACCACGUAUACGAAGAAGUGGAUAUUCAAGUAGGACCACCGAAAAUUACGCCUUUCAGCGGAAAAUUAGAAAAGCAUAAAGAAAAGGGAUUGAUACGACCAAUCGCAAUGCAUCCGUGCACGUCGCCGCAUUCAUCUGGCAAAAUUAAACGGACAAUGUCUGCGUCUCCUAAACCAAGUGUUCCUGAUAACAUUCGUGAUCUUAGACGUGUUCCUGAUGUGGUCUUGGCAAAUCAGCGAAGAGACUAUGGAGGUAAUCAUUUCCAGGAACCGCCAGUGAAAGCAUAUUCCCUACAAGACUUAAACUCUUCCUCUCUACAUCCCACCUUCCAUCCAAACUUAGCAUCUAUUUCUGACGGUCCAGAGUCAGGUCGACGGAAUAAAAGCGGUAAAUUGCAUCCGUCACAAUCAUUAAACUACCUUAAUGGAAAUUACAACACGAUUAGUGGAUCGCCCUCUACAAAAGGACCCUUGGAACAUCGUAUGCGAAAUCACAGUCACAAUAACUUGUCCUCUGAUAAGCAUAUGAAUCAUAUAAACGAAUCGCUACGCUCAAGUCACGGCAGUUUAUCAUCAUCUGGCCGAGUGUCUGGAUCAGGACACCAGGAAGGAUGGUCUCCAACUUCCAGACACUCAUCUAGGCAAUCAUCUCGUGGGUCAUCAGUUUGUGUCGAAGAAGACGAGCUGCUAAUGCUACGUAACAAAGUGCAGCAACAAGAAGUGACGAUAGAGGCGCUUCGACAGACGAUGGAGAAGAAUGAAAACACUAUCUUUCAAGUUUAUGAAGAGAAACAGAAGCACUGGGAGAGACAAAUGGAUAACCUAAAAGUGAAACUGAGGGAGAAAGAAGAAAUGGUACAUGUAGCAGAAAAUAGACUAAGACAGGGUCAGCAAAAUGGAGGCGUGCGGAUGCUGAAAAAAUCCUAUCAGAAACUGAGUAAAAGUCAGGAGAGUUUGGUAGACUAUGAUCGAGUCAAUUCCAGCGUUGAUGAUGAAGAAAUUAAUGAGUUGCGAAUCAGAGUGCAGAGACAAAGAGGAGAAAUCCUGAAACUAAAAGCAAAACUAUCGGAUGUUAGCAGUGAGUCAGAUCAUAGACAGGUUGAGGUGACAAGAUUGCGCUCUCAACUUCAGCAGUUAACAAACAAUUUACAACGGCGUAUUUCCGAGUUAAGUAACUAUCAAGAAGAACUAGUCAGAAAGGAUACUGAAAUAGAUAAAUUGAGAAAGAAGCUAGCUUUUAUUGAAAAUCAGACCCCUAGAGGGAAGAAUAACAGUGCAACAUUUACUGCAACCCAACAAAAGCUAGAAAGCUUGCAGAAGCUUCUACAGCAAAAAGAUAGCGAUGUGAGUCAAGAACGAGUGCAAAGGAACCAUCUCCAUGAACUUAAUGAGAACCUGACAAAAGAGGUGCAGGUUCAAGAGGAGGAGUUAGGGUUACUCAGGAGUAAGCUGUUUGAAAAAGAGAAUGAACUGUCACAGGAAAAAUGCGAGGUCUCGUAUCUACAAGAAGUACAAGAAAAAUUAAGUCAGGAAGUUCAUGAUCGCAAAGUAGUGAUAAAAAACUUAGAAGAAAAGUUGUGCAAGAUUGUUUCAUCAUCGGGACACUUGAGUGUGAAAAACGAAGACAAGAAAGAGAUUGAAGAACUCAAAUUGAUAUUGCAGAAAUCGGAGGAAGAGAAAAACAAAGCUGUCUCAUCGCUACGCAGGCAGCUUGUUGCACAAGACGAGGACAUUGCACGUUUGCACAACCAACUUGGUUCCGUGGAGAAAGAUAAAUUAUCGCUCCAGGAACGUGUUUCCAAAGGAAAGGAUGGAAACAGUAACUUUGUUGUAAUACAGAGGCAGAUGGAAUGUGAUUUGACUAGCCUACAAGUUAAGUUGACGCAAAGAGACAGAGAACUGUCUGAAACGAAGCGAGAAAUGAAAGAGAUGAUUGAAAGGAAAGACUCGGAGUUAAUGGCGCUUAAAGCUCAGUUCAAUAAAUCAUGGGAUGGUUCCAAAUCAUUAGAUAAUAAAGCUAUGGCCAGAGAAGCUGAAAUUGCAUUUUUAACCGAUAAGUUAAAUAAUCGUGAUUCUGAAAUAUCUACAUUGAAACGUCGUUUGGAAAGCUCUCAGAAACGAGGAACUUCACCAAACAGACGUGGUAGCUCUCCUAGUGGGUCAUUGAAAUCAGGAUCUGGAGGUUAUCAUGAAGAUAUGAGCAUACUUUCAAGGGAAAAGGAAUCGUUGGAAAGCCAUCUCAGUAGCGUUAAAAUAGAAAAUGCACGCUUGCAGCAGAAUCUUGAGAAGUCAAUAAGUGAGAUAAUUUCGCUCAAAAAGCAGCUUGACUCUGCUUCACCAAUGUCGUUGACGAGUCAGUCGAGCUCAACAAGUGAUCGACACAAAAGCGACUUAACGUCAGAUGCACACCAGGAUCUUCAGCGGUUGAGACAUGAACUGGAAAAAAUGAAGGAGAAAUGCAGUACUACUGAAAGUAUUAUUGAAAAGGAAAGGCAGACAUGGCAGGAAGAAAAAGAAAAAGUGAUUAGCUAUCAGAAGCAAUUACAAUUAAAUUAUGUGCAAAUGUAUCGUAAAAAUCGAAAUUUGGAACGCGACGUUGAACAGCUCACGCUUGAACUUGAACGAAGGCAUUUGAUCGAAGAUGAAGACGACCCAGAAACGACCGUUAAUGUCUGAAGCAAUGUGCUUUCAUUUUUUUUUUUGUAUAAUAUCUCAAAAUGUCAUAAAGACAUGUGCAAAGACUUUCAGAGUAAAAUGCAAGCAAAGCUAAGAGUGAACAGCAGUGAUUCGUAUGAAAUACAGGUAAAUGUGAGGUUAUCUCCACAGCGUGCAUUUUAGACUGAAUGGAUUUUGCUAAUUGCCGUCUUCUAUUUGUCAUAUGUAAUCUGACAUGUGUUGUGCAUCCAUUACAACUACGAAAACAUUACCGGAGACUAGAUAUUCUUUUGUGUGAAGCUUAUUUCAUGGAUUAAAUUUCUGUUUGCUUUCCACCGUUCAGGACCAAAGCAAUUUAUUUUGAAUGUGGAAGAUAUUGAUAAUGGCGCCUUUCAUAAGAUCAAGGAUGCAUACCAGAUGAACCAAUGAUUUUUUAAGUGGAAUUUCUUUCAUUCCGAAUCCUUUGUAGUACGCGAUAGGAUUUAGUCUUUCCUGUUAGAAUGCAAAAGAAUGUUAAGACAUUUGGGAUGAUAACUUAAAAGCAUAGCUGCAGUAAAAAAAAAAAUCAUUUGUACUUUCGUUUAUCCAAACUCUGUGAUUUUUAUAUAAACUUGUUUUGUUACAAUUCACAAUUAUUCAAAUUUCAUAAGUUUUGUUAUAUUUGUGGAUGUUUUUUAAAGGAAAGAUUUUUUUAAAUAGAAAAAAAAUUAUCUUGUACAUAUGAGUUCAUAUAUACUGUACACUUUUUCAUGCUUUUUUUUUUUACCUCAUUAAAAUUGUGUAAUUAUAAGCUAUUUAGUUUUAGUUUAUAAAUAUUCAAUAAUUAAUACUAGCACACAGCAAGAACAGCAUGUUUAAGAAAAGACUAAUAUAUACAGUAGACCAUUGUGAAAUUUUGAAUAAAAAUUCCAAUAACCUGGCAACUACCACUGGGGGACUUCCACCCCAGAGGCCUACGCAUUUCGCGUGAUGUAGUUACUAGUGUGUGCGCAGCGCUGUAUUUGACACAAAUUCCCCCGGUGAGUUGCGAGACAUUGGUUGCGCUGUUUCAAAAUAAACCCAAUAACAAUGGCCUAUAAUAAUGCUUUUCUUAUUGUUAUUAAUUGCCAGAAAUGUAUUGAUCUUUAUUGGUUCACAGAAGAUCAUCAAAGCUGAUUUUUUUUUUAUGUGCUAUUUCUGUUUAAGUACCAAGGUACAUUCUUUUACUGUUUCAGCAAGAUGUUGAGACUCAGCUAAAUACUGUACAUUGUUCUAAAAUGUGCUGUGUUAGAUUAGACACAAGCUAUUGUAGACACUACAUCUCCAGUAUGAGUUUUUUUCAUUAUAGGAUAACGUCAUCUUCUUUCUACGUAACACUAUAUCUUCCAUUAUUUAAGGUUAAAAUAAUGCUUUGUCCACAUCAAAUUUUAGGUGACAAAUAACUGUAAUUUGCCUAUAUUUCAGUGUAAUAUGUCAUCAUGAUUCACAUGUAUGGGAACAUCACAACACAUCACAACACACAUAUGGAGUUUAUAUUUUGUUAGUAAACAUUUCCACCAGGUCACACUAACUUGAUAGAUUACAUGUGUAUAGGUGUUUAGACUUCUUAUAUUCAAGUUUAUAGAAAUCACCUAGUUUUAAGCUUUCAAGACAUCGCAAACCAUUAUACUUUGUGGUUUUUGUAACUAAAUAAGCCUUUAAACCUCUUAAAACUUUCACAGAAUUGGGGUGGUCUUUUAGAGGCAGACAAUGCUUUUUACAAACAACUGCUAAAGAGAUAAUGAAAGGUAAUAAAAUAAAGCAGAACAAAAGUAAUAGAUCUUUUUCAUUUACCAAUAAAUCAAGGAAGAAACUAAGUAUAUAUAAUAGCUUCAAUCAAAAUCUCUGGGAUACCCGUGCGAAUUAAGUGUUUCCGGUUUUUGAAAGAUCUAAAAUUAACUUCAUUUAAAGCAAUAUAAAGCUUUACAUUAUUAAGGGUUGAUACCUUUUUGAGCUGUUUAUACCCGUCACCUGUUAAUAGGAUUUCCUUUUCUAGGCCUUCCUAUAGUAGUUACCACGUUCAACCUUUACCAAAAGUCUUGAGUGCAAAUCCAUAACAUGAAAUGAUCUCUGAUUAUCUAAAAUUAGGUGAUGUGCAUCGUGUUAUGCAUAAUUUAUUGCUAUAGGUUAUUCAAUGAAGGCCAUUGAUUAAGAGGUGGGAUUGACUAGGUUUUUAAUACAUUAGAUCUCGUGUGUGGUGCAUAAUAACGCUGAGUAUCAUAAUUCUAUCGAUCACUGUGCCCCCGCAAGAAUUAUUCAGAUAUCGCUCCCUUUAAUUUAGUUUCUCCCUGAUAGAUUCAUCCAGCAUUGUGAUCAUUAUGUGUAUAUACAUUCAUAAUAUUAAUAGAGAUCGGUACCAUACCAUUUUUAGUAUUAACACAUGUAGGAAGUUAAAGGUGUCAUAUCUUUUUGAUGAAAAGCAUAGGGAGGUCAUGUCUUAAAAGCAUAUGUGGUAGAGUGAUGGCAGAUCAUAUGUAAAAGUAGCGUCAGUUGUUUCCAUUUCAUAGAGUAUGGUAGUAGUAAAGUUGAUGGCCAAUCGCUUUGUAUUGUUCAGCAUUACUACUUUGUAUCACGUUUUCGGACUGCAAACAUUCCAUUCUGUAAUACAAAACUUCCUCUAAUCAAUGUGUCGCUGGGCAAAUAUUCCCUUCUGCUUGUAAAGUGUACCUUUGUUUAAUCAAAAACAAAUUAGGCACAGAUUGUGUGAUCAACCCAGGAUAUUAAUUUCCUCAAUAUUUAGUUUACACUUAAAUUCUGUGUAAAAUGAUGCUAAGACUCAAUUGGUAGAAUUGAGUGGUAGCAGGUUGGGUCAGCUCACACAUACCUGGACACUAGCUUGAUGUUUCAUUGCUGUCUUUAGAAGUAUUGACAUUUUAUUCUAUUAAACUUAUACUGUAAUUGCUAGGGUUCUUUUAUCAUGGAAGCAUGUAUUAUAAUAAGAUGCUAAAUUAUGUAUUUUAUCACUAAUUGCUAUUUUAUUAUUGCUGUUAUUUUACUUUGAGGCAUAAUAUCAUGUUGUCUUUUGAUUCGAACCCAGGACCAUGGGUUAAAAGGCAAGUUCCUUAACUACGAAUCCACAGCUCCAAUGUAUUUAUCGUCAAAUUCUCUGUAUCCCCUCUCAUUGAAUUCACCCUACCUCAUACAACCUAUUGUACAUAGCUUGGUAAAAUACUGUUGUAGGCCUCCCCUCACUUAUGCCAUUCAUUAUCAAUGGAUCAUUGACUUCUACUUAAUCAUCUCCGGUUUAUUCAUCAUUAAUAUAUUCAAACAAAAUAUUAAAGUUCACGUCAUUAUAUAGGUUGUGUUGUCCAUAUGUGUAUUAAACAGGUUUUGUAUUUAAACAUUGAAGGAACAAAUACACAGGGUAUUAUAUUCUUGUCAUUGUGUUUGUUACCCAUUCAAAAAGCAUGCAAUCUGAACAAACUUUACUAAAAUAUUAAGUAUUUAAUAUACAGAUAUUUCUGCUCCAUCAGGGUCAUAGUUAAAAGAUUAAAAUAGGUCAGUAAGUGUUUCCUUUUUGUAUAAUUAUAAACAGAUUAUGAUAGUGCCAACUCCAUUAAUUGGAAUUCAAAUAUAAAAUUAAGCAUGUUAUUUAGAUGUUCCAACUUGUGACAUAACCUUCCUCAUUUAAUGAAGGUUUAUAUUUAGCAUACUUCUUCCAUGUUGCUAUUUUUGUACAACUUUCCAAAUAUUCAUUAUAGAACAAAUAUAGCAUAUAAUGUUAUAGUAUGGCGUAUAGCAUAAUGUUAUAGUAUGGCAUACAUUCAUUUGGUUCUAAUUUAAAUUUGCAUAUGUACAAUGUGAUAAACAAAAACCGUCUGAUAUAUUGCAGUAUGUGAUAUAAUAAACUGUUGUUACUAUUGAUGUAUUGAUAAGAGAACAAUUUUAAUGGCUUUUUAAAAUUCCAAUGCUUGUUUAUUUUAAUAGAAGAUGCUAUUUUCUAAGUACUCAAUGCAUGGUGAUAUAAAUAUGCUAACAUGUGCUAAACCUACCUUAAUUUAUAAUGUAUUUUGUCAAAUUUAAAAACGAAGAUUAUGUUUCUCGUCACUUUUUUUGGGUGACCAUUUUAUUCAGUUUACUUAUAUGUUGAAAUAUACUGUAAAUAUCCUCAUAAUCAGUGUUUAUCCAAGGACGAAAUUUUGUGUUUUGUUUUUAGCCAUCUUGGCGAGGACAUAACAAAGGCCUCAUCCUGUUGAAAAUCCUUGACGAGUAACAUUGUCUUUCUCUAAUUUGGCCUAAUUCUACUAAAGUACAUGUUAAUGAUUUGUAUAAUUUUUACAAAUAUUUUAUACAACUUUAUUCUUUGCAAAUCUAGAGUUAGAUAUUUAGAAUUUUCUAAACAUGAAAUUUUUAUUUAUCUGUUAAAUCCUUUACAUACUUGUAGAUUUCAAAAACAUCUCAACUUGUUUUGCAUGUGUAUUUUUGUGUUCGUAUUCUAUGUUUUUCUAUGUUAUAUACCCUAUCUUCUGCCACAUCAUUUUUUAAUGAAAUGGUUAUUCAAUAAAUCACUGUUGAAAUACAGAGAAAUUGGA